CGGGCUGGCCGCUUCCUGCGGCACGUCGAGCGCGUCGUUCGCAAGGAGCAGAGCGCGUUUCGCGACAUCUCGUGCUCGAGCUACCUCGGCCUGCCUCCCUGCGGCGCGUCUUGCGCGACGUUCGCAGCGGCAGCAUGCCCGAGUUCUACAAGCGGCCGCUGCCCGACUCGUGCGUCGCGUUCGACUCGAAAGAAGGCCGCGCCCACUUCGAGAGCGCGCUGUCCUCCGGCGGCCUCGAGAACUUCUUCGUGCUGGCUCCCCAGUUUCAAACGCAGAACGAGCCCGCCUUCUGCGGCCUCGCGACGCUGGCGAUGGCGCUGAACGCGCUCCAGGUCGACCCGGGCCGCGUCUGGAAGGGCGUCUGGAGGUGGUACGACGAGAGCCUGUUGUCGUGCUGCAAGCCGCUCGUCGACGUCGAGAAGGAGGGCAUCGUCCUCGAGGAGUUCGUGUGCCUCGCGCGAUGCAACGGCCUGGAGGCGGCGCUCGCGCGGCCCGACGCCGGCGGCUUCCCCGUGGCCGCGUUCCGCGACGCCGUCGCGGACGCGUGCGCGCGGACCGACGUCGUCCUCGCCGCGAGCUACAGCCGGAAGACGCUCGGGCAGACGGGCGACGGCCACUUCUCCUGCGUCGGCGGCUACGACCGCGCCUCGGACGCGGUGCUCCUGUUGGACGUGGCCCGCUUCAAGUACCCGCCGCACUGGGUGCCGCUCCCGCUCCUCCUCGACGCGAUGGGCCGGCCGGACGCGGCGACGGGCCGGCCGCGCGGCUGGAUCCGGCUGACGCGCGCCGCCGAGGCGUGGGACUGCCCGGGCUGCGAGAGGACCAAGGCCGCGACGAUCCUCGACCGCGUCACCGCGGGCGAGGCCGCGAAGCACACGGGCCUCUCCGCCGGCGCGCCGCGCGCCGAGCGCCCGUCGGCGCUCCGCCUCGCGGCCGCCGCCGUGCCGCUCGCGCUGAUGGUCGCGUGGCGCGCCCGACGAGGCCGGUAAGGCGUGUGUGGUAGG